CCGUGUCUCUCAGUCCCAAAACCCUCGUUUCCUUUCUCUCACUCCGGUCCACCUCACUGACUCGAGCCAUGAACUCCGAAUCGAUUCAGCGAGUCUUCCAACUCAAACACGAUCCGCUCAGCUGCACCUCCGAGUGGGUAGUCAUCGAAGACAACGAUGAUGCCGAACUUCCGGAUACUUCGACGGACGGCCUCCUCGACACGACAUCGUAUCUGGACAUGCUCAACGAUUCUCCCCGCAACAGAGCUUUCCGCUUGGCCAUUGAGAAAACCAUCACCAGACCGUGCCACGUUCUCGAUAUCGGUGCUGGAACUGGGUUGCUGUCAAUGAUGGCUGCGAGAAGAAUGACGACACUGGGAGAAGAAUACCCUGUUGAUUCGAAUUGUAUGGUAACAGCAUGCGAAUCUUAUCUUCCAAUGGUGAAACUCAUGCGGAAGGUUGUGCACAUGAACGGUAUGGGGAAGGACAUUAACAUUAUCAACAAGCGAUCCGAUGAACUGAAAGUUGGCACAGACAUUGCUUCUCGAGCUGACGUUCUUGUAAGCGAAAUAUUGGAUUCGGAAUUACUGGGUGAAGGUCUCAUACCAACUCUACAACAUGCACAUGACAUGCUGUUGGUGGAUAAUCCAAAAACAGUGCCAUACCGAGCUUCUACAUUUUGCCAGCUUGUAGAGAGCACAUUCUUAUGCAACAUGCACGAUCUUUGUAAUAGCGAGGCUAAGACAUCAGAUGGUGUUCAUCUAGUUCCUACUGGCUUAGAAAAUCUAUUACGCCCUAAGUCACAACAAUACGCCAUGCAUGUUAAUGCGAUGGAGAAGGAGGUCAAACUGUUGUCAGAACCCAUCAAAAUAUUUGAAUUUGACUUUUGGAAACGGCCAGCAAGUCAUGGCGAGCUUGAGGUGCAUGUAAAAGCGAUUAGUGAGGGUAGGAUUCAUGCAAUAAUUUCGUGGUGGGUGCUACAACUUGACAGCGAAGGGACAAUCUUUUACUCUACUGCUCCUAGAUGGGUAGAUUCAAAUACUGAUACUGGUGGAUCAAACCUUUCCAUGGAAAGCGUUAGGGACUGGUGUGACCACUGGAAACAGUGUGUUUGGUUUACUCCUGGAGCAGGUGUUUCUGUAUCCAAAGGGGAAAAGGUUGUUUUGCAAGCUGCUCACACUUGUACUAACAUCUUGUACUAUCUGAAGAAGACCCAAAGAUUAUCAAACGAGAUUCCUUGUUCUACAUCGAAUGCUAGAGACCUGCAGCUCACUUUACCACCUGAAAGGAUUGCAGUAUAUGGAGACAAUGAAUUUAGGCUUUCAAUGUUUGAGGCCAUGAUAAAAGCUUUGCAAGGAAAGGCUCAUCCGCUAUGUCUCGCUGUUGAUGAUAGUCUGUUCUUACCCCUCACUGCCUUGCAUAUCUGUGGCAAUUCACAUGUAAUAUCGUUAUCUCCGGGUUUCAAAGAAAAUGUCGUAAGAUACUUGGAAGCUGUUGCUGAUUCAAAUGGUUUCUCAAAAGAUCGAUUUGAAUAUGUCACAAAGGCAAAACUGACUCAGACACACGAAAACAAGGUUGACCUCCUGGUUGGAGAGCCCUAUUACUCCGCACUUGAAGGUGUGCUUCCAUGGCAGAAUCUCAGAUUCUGGAAAGACAGAACUAGGCUAGAUUAUCUUCUGUCUAAAGACGCUGUGAUAGUGCCAAACAAAGGAGUUUUGAGAGCCUGUGCCAUGUUUCUUCCUCAUCUUUGGAAGAGCCGAUGCUGCCUUAACGAUGUAGAAGGCUUUGACCAUGCUGUUGUGAACAAAACCUUAGGAGCAUGUGGUGACCUACCUUAUGGCAAAGAGGGGCCUUAUUUACCCUUCUUCAUCUGGCAAUGUGGAGACACUAAGCAACUUAGCGAGGAGUUCACAAUCAUGGAACUCGAUUUCUCGAAGCCCAUCACAAGUACAUGCACCGGGAAGGUCCAGAUCGACUUCACCAAAUCUGGUGUGUGCCAUGGAUUUGCGUUGUGGAUGGAUUGGGUUAUGGAUGAAGAAAAUUCAGUCGUGGUGUCAACAGGACCAGAUAAAAGGUAUUGGAAGCAAGGAGUGAAACUUCUGGCAGAGCCUGUCACGGUUACUGCGGGAUGCUCUUUCGCUGUAAUUGAAGCGUCGAUGGAUCCAACAUCGAGCGGUGAGCUCAUUUUCAGACACUCCUUCUCGUGAUAUCUCUUUCUUUGUUCUUAUGAUGUUUCAAUCCAUUUGUUGUGCUUUGUUUUUUAUUUGGACAAAACCUGGCCAUUUCUCCGCCCUGUCGCCUGCUCCGAUGCCGAGAAUCGGCUGUCUGUUCGAGAGCUUGUUCCAGGUUCGGUUUACUCUUUUGAGGCCUGUGUUUAUUUAUUACAAUUUUGAUUGUCACCAUAUUUUUUUUUAGUAGAAACUUUGUUCUUUUUAGAAUGCUUGCAUGUUCUAUAAGUUCUUGUCAUUGCUAAAUUCGAUUUAUUAGAAACAUAUGUCCAAUGUUUAUAUAACUAAUACCGAUAUUGUAAUUUUACAUAUGAACU